AUGAGAUUCAAAUGUUUUGGAUCUGAGGAGACUGAAGCCUCGUCAAAGAUCGACAGAAUGAUCGAAACAGAUAGAAGAAAGUUGAGAAAGUUUGUCAAAUUAUUACUUUUGGGUCCAGGUGAAUCAGGUAAAUCAACCAUUUUUAAACAAAUGAAGAUUAUUCAAGAGGAUGGUGGUUAUUCUAGAGAUGAACUGAUGGAGUAUCGUGCUUUUGUAUAUUCAAAUUGUAUAAGUCAAAUGGAGGCAUUAUUGACAGCAUCUGCAAAAUUAAAUAUUGAGUUGGAGAAACCAGAGAACAAACAAAGAGCAGCUAAUAUUUUAAGACGAACAAUUGGUAAUGAACCAUGGUUAUUGUUGGCCGAAGACAUCAAACACUUGUGGGAAGACAAGGGAAUUAAAGAUACAUAUGCACAAAAAGAUAAAUAUUUCCAACUGAAUGAUUCAGCUUCUUAUUUCUUUGAAAAUAUUGAUAGAUAUAUGAAAGAGGAUUUCAUUCCAAAUGAACAAGAUGUACUUAGAUGUCGUGUAAGAACAACUGGUAUUCAAGAGUCAGAGUUUACAUUUGAAAAGAUUAGAUUAAAGAUUGUCGAUGUCGGUGGACAGCGUUCACAACGUCGUAAGUGGAUUCAUUGUUUCGAUUGUGUCACUGCAGUUAUCUUUGUGGCAGCCAUGAGUGACUACGAUCAGGUGCUGCGUGAAGAUGAGACUGUAAACCGUACCAGAGAGUCGCUGGCUCUCUUCAAAGAGAUUGUUAAUUGCGACUACUUUAAAGAUACACCGAUCGUACUCUUCCUGAAUAAGAAGGAUCUCUUCAAGGAAAAGCUAAAGCGUGUACCACUACAGUCGUGUUUCUCUGAAUAUACCGGUCCCAACAAAUAUAAAGACGCAGCCAUGUUUAUCCAAUCGCAGUACCUCGCCCAAGGACCAUCACCUCGUACCAUUUACACCCACGCCACCUGUGCCGUCGAUACAGAAAACAUUAAAUUUGUAUUCAAAGCCGUACGACAAACCAUUCUUAGUCAGGCAUUGGAGCACUUCUAA